GAGAGCCGAAAACGGAACUGUAUUGACAAAGAAUUCUAGCUUGUCAUUUAUUCACUGCCAUGCUUCAACAAAAUCUCAUUCUAUCACUGAUUGGCAAAUAUAUCAAACUUAUUCCCAAUAGUACUCAUUUGCAAAGGGAAUUAAAAAUUUCAAGAAUGGCUCACCAGGGAGGCACACAAGGAAGCGGUGAUGGGCGAGGAGGCUCACAAGCAGCUUGGGGUCGCGGUGGCACUGCAAGAGGUAAUGAGUCAGGGUUGAGACGCAGUGGCUCUGGGAGAGGUGAUGGGCUAGCUAGUGCACCUAGCGGGGCAGCAAGAGGUAUGCCAGCUCUCCCGCUAGGUAGGGGUAAUGAGCCAGCUCGGGGUCGUGGUCAUGCUGGAACACUUUCGGCUAGUAUGUCAUCUUUGUCAUUAGAUAACAGGCCUGCAGCUGGAGCCCUUACCCCAUCCGUGAUCAUGCCGACACCGCAGGGCCGAGGCCAGCCUGCUCCCUUAAAAGGAACAGCGCCUGCCUUCCAGCCAGGGGUACCAUUGGGUGGAAUUCCCGUCCCACCAAAACCGCCCUCUGAACAACCUGCAGUAACCACAACUGCACCUUUGCCCCCCCCUGGACAGGUUGUUCCUUUGCCCGAUUCUAGGAUGGAACUUCCAUAUGAAGGUCAUGAACUUCCUCGGUUUCCUCAUGAACCUUGGGAACAUGGGAAAGCAAUGCUAGACAACCCAUUUUGGUACGAUCCAGUUCCUAGCACCAUCAUGGUAGACGACGUAGAGAGGCCGAAGCUUGAUAAGAAGCUUUAUGAAGCUGUGGGUGACAAACAACCCGAAUGUAAACCGCCCCCAUUAUAUAACGAUGCAAUAAUGCAAACAGCGCCAUACAAAAGAAUGGAGCGGUACGGAUCGGCACAUUUGCCAGGUGCUUACCAUCAUGGGGACGUAAUUUGUGCAGUAGAGCACUACCCCGACUUUACCAGAACAAUCCCGGAAAAAAAUGAUAGGUACCGAACUGACACAGUGUUUGGACCUGUAUUUUCGAAAGAACGUAAAUAUAUUGUUCUUCAAAAAUAUCGCGAGCAUUGUGUUGUCAUACCAAUAUUUACUCACACAGGAAGAGGCCUUGCUGGCAAGCCGCCGGCGGUAAGGGAUCAUUAUAUCUCAAUACGAGAUGGAGACCGACCUAAUCAGGCUCCACCAGAGAACAUUCACGGCAAUCUCCAGACACAUAGAUACCCAGAAUUUCAAGACCGGCGAGAUCGACGGAGGGUUCCAAAUUUCCACAUUAUGUCCGAUAAAUCUGCCGCUUAUUUCGUUUAUCCAAUAUGUCAUAGAUAUUCAGUGCCAUGUAUCUUCGAGUCGAGAUUACGGACAGAUAGUCUCGAUUACCUCUUACAUAUCUAUCUGGACUUUGGUCCGAAUCCGUCCCCUGCAUAUUUCACGCAUAAACCGCAUCGUCGGAUUACAGAUGCGGGGGACAAUAUAUCACAAGGGGUAUAGCAAGGUUAUCUUGACCUCUGUAGCACCAAAGACGAAUAAUUUAGAACAGGGCUGUGCACCAAAAGGAUACGACACCUUGAAAGCAGGCCGAACUUUGAAAAUUAAAGAUACUUCAAAACGAUUUGGUGUAUAUAUAGUAUAUGUAAAAAGUAAACUGGAAAGGAAGGUGGAGAUCUGGAUACUCAGGCUUUGGGGUAAUGUGUACAGCCCACACCCCGA